ACGCGAUGCUCAGCACCAGAGCCUCAGCAAAAUGCUGGAUGGACACCCCCGGAGACGAGGGCUACUCUUCUCCUGCUGCGCGAUCCUAGUUCUGCUCUCCUGCGCCCCGGACCUUUCCGCCGCCUACUUCGGGUUGACGGGCAAUGAGCCCCUGACCAUCCUCCCUCUCACCACAGAGAUGGAGGAAGCCGCCAUCAAAGCCCACUACAACGUGUGCGACCGUCUGAAGCUGGAAAAGAAGCAACGCCGGAUGUGCCGCAGAGACCCCGGCGUGGCUGAGACCCUCAUGGAAGCCAUUAGCAUGAGUGCGCUGGAAUGCCAGUAUCAAUUCCGCUUCGAGAGGUGGAAUUGCACCCUGGAGGGGCGCUACAGGGCCAGCCUGCUGAAGAGAGGGUUUAAGGAAACUGCCGUCCUUUACGCCAUCUCUUCGGCGGGGCUGACCCACGCCAUGGCCAAAGCCUGCAGCGCUGGACGUAUGGAGCGCUGCACUUGCGACGAGGCCCCUGACCUGGAGAACCGUGAAGCAUGGCAGUGGGGCGGAUGUGGGGACAAUCUCAAAUACAGCAACAAGUUUGUCAAAGAGUUCCUUGGGAAGAAGUCCAACAAGGAUCUGAGAGCUCAGGUGGACUUCCACAACAAUUUGGUCGGGAUGAAGGUCAUCAAAGCUGGAGUGGAGACCACUUGUAAAUGCCACGGGGUGUCCGGCUCAUGCACCGUCCGGACGUGUUGGCGCCAACUCUCUCCGUUCCAUGAGAUCGGCAAGCAGCUCAAGCAGAAAUACGAGGUAGCCCUCAAGGUGGUGAGCACCACCAACGAGGCCACGGGAGAAGGAGACAUCUCGCCGCCGAAAAAAUCAGUCCUGGGUCACGGCGACCAAAUCCCCAGGACUACAGAUCUGGUUUAUCUUGACGACUCUCCAAGCUUUUGCUUGACCAGUCGGUUCUCCUCCGGGACAUCUGGACGGAAGUGUUACAAAGACAAGAACUGCGACAGCAUCUGCUGCGGACGGGGGCACAACAUCCAAAGCCGCGUGGUCACUCGCCCAUGCCAAUGUCAAGUCCGCUGGUGCUGUUACGUGGAGUGUAAGCAGUGUACUCAAAGGGAGGAGGUUUACACCUGCAAGGACUGAAGGACGGUUGUCCGGUGAGCCCCGAUUUCAGAGACAGGACCCCCUUGCCCCCUUCUUGGAGACAAAGACAGGGGACAUCCAGUGAGAUGGCUGAGUGCUACACCCUGAUAUGAUGGAAGCACUUUGAGGGGUUCCAUGUCUUGCUGAUCCUGCCAAGAGAUUGUGGACGCCCACACCACUGGGAAGACCCCUUGCGAUGACCAAGAUGUGGCUUGGAGACAGAAUUCUUUCUCUUCUUGACGAGGGCUGAAUUGUCCACCUUGGUCCUUCCGUGUCCCCCUCCUGCAAAUUCUCUUGGACCUGGAUGGUCCCACUUCAUUCUGGAGGAACCCUACCCUCCUGAAGGCCUUCAACUGCAGAAAAUGUGCUAGGGAGAAGUGGGCCCUAGAAGGAUUUUUUAAAAAGUAAUUUAUGGAGCUUCUGGGCUCCACGUUCCCAUUAGCCAUCGAGGUCAUUGCAGAAGGACUGUUCCUCAACCCUCCUUCUAACGCUUUGUUGUAGCAGAUGGUGAAGAUCUUGGUUUUUGUUUGUUUUUUAAUUUUACUCCUAUUUCCUCCUUGUGCACCCUCAACCUCUGUUUUUUUGCUCUCUUUUGCAAUCUACUUGGUGAAUUUGGAAAACCACUAGAGACAAAACGAGCCUGCGCUCUUUUCAACCAGCUUUUUGACUCCUUUUGUGAUUUAAUUAGGAACAUGGGUUUCUUCUUCUUUCUUUUUGCCCCAAUUUCUCUUCUUAUGACUUCAGUUGGCACCUGAAAGCUGCUUUGAAACCAGCGUGACGCCCUGGCUGUGAAUGCAAUUUGGCACUUCGCCUUUGGGAAAAUGGAGAAAGCGCCUCGCCUUUGAGACGGUGAUGCGGCUUUGAUUUGAUUUUCCCACGUCUGGAUCACGGCGUCCAAGAAUGCGUGUCUCUUGAGGAUCACGUUUCACCCGCCUUUAUCCGUGCCAAUGAUAUUCUCUGGGGCCAAUGAAAAGCCUGUUGCUUUUUUUUUUUUUUAAAGGGGGCAAAAAUUACUUAAACCACUAGAAAGCUGCACGUUAGACGUAAAAAGAGAGCAGCCGAUGCAUAUAUAUAUAGGUCUUUGGUUGUUCGGGUUUUCUCCUGCGUAAAAUUGGAAGUGUCUUGACGAUGUUUCGACUAAGUCCCAUUCG